GCGCGCGCGCCGGUAGAAACGUGCUCGAGGAGCACUGACACCCCUCAUGGUCCAAUGUAAAAUCUCUGCAAAGGGAGAGGAGGGGGAGAUCCACCGGCUACAGCCCUGCCUCCUGUCUGCACGCACGCACGCACGCACGCACACACACACAUACACAGACACACACACACAGGCAGGCGCACCAUCACACGGGCAACAAAGGGACGCAUGGUUCAUCUCAGGCACCAAAUGCAUAAAUGAUACACUGACAUAAGUUGCGCGAACACGUUCAGUUGCAUCUGUCGUCACCUCAAAGGGUGUAAUAGCAUUGCACGGUCAUGGAGCUGGAGCACUUUGAUGAGCGGGACAAGGCUCAGAGAUACACCCGAAGGGGCUCAAGGGGGAAUGGGCUCCCCAGUCCCACACACAGUGCUCACUGUAGCCUGUACAGAACCAGGACGCUGCAAACCCUGAGCACAGAGAAAAAGGCCAAGAAGAUUCGCUUCUACCGCAACGGGGACCGCUACUUCAAAGGGAUUGUAUAUGCCAUUUCUCAGGAGAGGUUCAGGUCUCUAGAUGCCCUCCUGGCUGACCUCACAAGGUGUCUAUCAGACAAUGUCAACCUGCCCCAAGGGGUGCGGACCAUAUACACCAUUGAUGGGUCAACGAAGAUCACCAACAUGGACCAGCUGGUGGAAGGAGAGAGCUAUGUUUGUGGAUCCAUAGAGCCCUACAAGAAGGUGGACUACACAAAGAAUGUAAAUCCCAACUGGUCUGUUGGAGCUAGGACUGCUGCGGCUGCCCGUAGCCCCUCAUCCCUUGGCAGUGCCAAGGCUGGAUCCCCGGAAAUCAGGGAGAGCAAGGACUUCAUAAAGCCCAAACUGGUGACCAUUAUCCGCAGCGGAGUAAAGCCGCGCAAGGCCGUGCGGAUGUUGCUCAACAAGAAGACUGCCCACUCCUUUGAGCAAGUCAUGACCGACAUCACUGAUGCCAUCAAGCUGGACUCUGGAGUGGUCAAGAGGCUGUACACCGUUGAUGGCAAGAUGGUGACAUGCCUCCAGGACUUUUUUGCUGAUGAUGAUAUAUUCAUUGCAUGUGGCCCUGAGAAGUUCCGUUACCAGGAUGACUUCCUGUUGGAUGAAAGUGAGUGCAGGGUGGUAAAGUCCACUUCCUACGGCCGGAUCUCCUCCAUGCAGGGUCGCUGUUCCCCAAGAGGUGGGGGGGUUUCCCGCAGGAGCAAGUCUCCCUCCUCGACCGGUUCAGCUAACGGGACUGCAGGCAGUCAGCUGUCCACCCCUCGGUCUGGAAAGUCACCAAGCCCCUCUCCAACCAGUCCAGCCAGCCUCCGAAGACGUCGGGGAUCUCAGCACAGCGGCUCAUCACUCUCUCUAGCUUCUACCAAGGUUUGCAGCUCGAUGGAUGAAGGAGAUGGAGCCGGCAGUGAAGCUGAACUCAUGGACGAGUACCCCUCCGUCCCUGCCUCCAUAGCAGAGAGGUACAAAGUGGGGAGGACGCUGGGGGACGGCAACUUCGCUGUGGUGCGGGAGUGUGUGGAGAGAUCAACUGGAAGGGAGUACGCUCUGAAGAUCAUCAACAAAGGAAAAUGCAGGGGAAAGGAACACAUGGUGCAGAAUGAAGUGUCAAUCCUUCGGCGUGUGAAACAUCCCAACGUUGUGCUGCUGAUUGAGGAGAUGGACACCCAGAGUGAGCUCUAUCUUGUUAUGGAGUUGGUGAAGGGGGGCGACCUCUUUGAUGCCAUCACCUCCUCCAACAAAUACACCGAGCGGGACGCCAGCUCUAUGCUGUUCAAUCUGGCAAGUGCCAUCAAGUACCUGCACAGCCUCAAUAUUGUCCACAGAGACAUCAAACCAGAAAAUCUGUUGGUGUAUGAGCACCAGGAUGGUAGUAAGUCCCUGAAGCUGGGGGACUUUGGCUUGGCCACCGUGGUCAACGGGCCGCUCUACACCGUGUGCGGGACGCCCACCUAUGUAGCACCAGAGAUCAUCGCUGAGAAAGGAUACGGCCUCAAGGUUGACAUCUGGGCAGCUGGAGUCAUCACUUACAUUCUGCUGUGUGGCUUCCCUCCGUUCCGCGGUAAUAGUGAAGAUCAAGAGGCUCUCUUCGAGCAGAUUUUGACGGGCCAGUUUGAUUUCCCCUCGCCGUACUGGGACAAUGUGUCUGACACCGCCAAGGCUCUUAUCACUGGGAUGCUGCAGCUCGAGGUGGAUCAGAGGCACACAGCUCCACAGGUGCUGGACCACUCCUGGGUCAACGAGGAGGGCGUGUCAGAGAACGAGCACCAGCUGCCCGUGGCUGGGAAGAUCAAGAAGCACUUCAACACCAAACCCAAGCUGAACAGCACCACGGCAGGCGUGUCAGUCAUCACCACCACCCCACUUGAUAAGGAGAAGCAGGUUUUCCGACGAAGACGCCACCAGGAUGUGAAGCCCUCGUCUCGGGUCCCGCAGAGCUUCGGUGCCAGCGCCAACCCCGGCCUCUCCCCCGCUGAGUCUGAGGACUACUCCCCGAGCUCGGCUGACACCGUCCGCUCACCCACGUCCCCCUUCUAGCUGCCUAGCUGAGGCCACAGAGUCGUCCACCUCUCCAGGGAAGAAAGGUGGAGGAGGGAGGGAGAGAAAAGUAGAGUGAAAGCUUGAGAACCGACACUGGGUUCGGUCAAAUGACUUGGACAUUGACAGAUGCACGCACUUAACCUGUAACCACUGCAGUGAGUUGGAAACGCCUGAUUCUUUCAGUCAUAGUGCUUUCAUUUUGGUUACAGAAGAAGUAAAUCUGAGUCAGGGAUAGGCCAGGUUGUGGAUCAGCUUCCUGCUGACCUGAGAAUAUACCAUAAGAGCAUGCUGAGGCAAAAAAUAAUAAUAAUACAGGGUGUUUUUUUUUUUUUUUUCCACACGCUAUCAAACUGUUUUAAGACCUAUUUCUUUACAGCAAGCACAGGCCUAUUGAAGUAUACUAGAGCCCUCUAGUGGUGUGUAUGUAUACUGCAGGAGAGCCAACCUGCUUCAGGAGUUCAUGGAAAAGUGUACAGCUGUCGUCAGAACUGCAAAACAGUGAACAGUUAAGCUUUUAAAUAUUAAAUGUUCUUAUGAUUUGUUCAGUGCAUAUCGCAAAUCAUACAGAAUCCAACACAACACCUUGCUGUUUGUUUGUGAAGUAAAUUUCGACCAACAAUAACUCAGCAGUAAUAACAGCCACCUUUUUACUGUGCGACACACGCUGGACUGUGGUACUUGAGGUUCUGAGGUUCUGGUGCUGGUGUAUAAACUUUACACAAACUGUUUAAGAGGACUUAGGAAACUGUCAAGACAUGCUGCUACACUGGACCACAAGCAUUAUCUGUACCAUUAACGUCGAAUGUGUAGGACAAGAUGGUCUUGCCCUUAGCUCGCUCCACUACAAAACAGCCCCCCCCGCCUCUCGACAGGAGUUGAAUCUAAAGCUGCUGUGCUGACGGUGCGACACACACUCACCUGGACCAGUGAAGCUGCAGUUUGUGUUUGUGAGAGUGUGGAUUUAAUCGGCAGUGGUACAGAUGAAUGUCAGUGCUGUGUAGUUGAUAGUCAGUGCAUGCAUGUCAGCCUCAUGCCUUGCCUUGGCACACAAGGAUUAAGUGCAAUUAGGUGUAACACCCGAUGAGCACAGUAUUUAAAAAAACAAACAAACAAGCAAACAAACAAAACAAAACAAACCAACAACAAAAAAAAAAAUGUCCUUGUUGAUGUAAGAAUGAGUGAGGAUGGAUGUCUUGCCAGUAUUUAUUGGCACAUCACUACCAGACAGGGGCACUUAUCUAACUGGAUUAGUUAGUUCUUCAGUAACAUGGAUUCCCCACCAUACAUACACACACACACACACACACACUGAAUACAAAAAGCCAGCUAAAUGAUGGUAAACAGCGAAGUGCUUCCAGUAAAAUCCAGUGAUAUUUGCCUUCGUGUUCAUAGAGUUCAUUACUUUGCUGGAGAAAAGAGAUCCAGUCCAAAUAUUCAUGGAUGCGAAUGUUCUGUUCCCUCCGUCCGAUAAUGUAAUCUGCAUGUGUGUUAAUCAGAUGUUCUGGUCCUCUGCCGUUUGCUAUACACCUGUCCGUUUUGAAACCAUUUCCUUUGUCACUGUAUGCGCCGUCUUGUUGAAUGCAAUUCAAUUAAGGCAACUUUUAGCCAUACCGCAGCUUAGAUGAGAAUAGUUUGUAUGUGUUUGGAAAGAAAUGUAACCUCACCAACCCCACUGACAUUCUUUCCUAAAGGGCUUUCAGGCACUAAAGAUUGGGAUCUUGUGAUGGCACUUAACUUUGGGACUGGAAAGGACUAAGCCAAAAAAGCACAAGGAAAGCAGGUCAUUAUGUCGCUAAAGGGAAUGUGUUUGCUUCCUCAAGGCUACAUCUUUUUCUCCUAACACUGACAUUAAGAGAAAAUAAUAAUUUGUCUAUGAUACUGUUGGUAAUCAAAUGGUAACGGUCAUCAGAUCGUCUCUUGGACGUUUUUUUGUUGUAAAAGACACUUGGGAAUGCCACUGUUACUCUUGGAGAAUAUUAAUGCUGUAAUAUAUUCAUCCAUAUUCCAUAUUUAAUGUUAGGACAUUAUAAAACAAUCUAAAUGGGAAUGAAUACCAGUAGUACACUUGUUUUCAAGUCGUAAGAAAAAUCCAUUGUUAUGAUUAAAGCAAUCUUCCAACAAUGUACUCUGCCAAAAAAAAAAAAAAAAAAA